AACAAACAUGGGAAAUAAGCCCCAUCAGCCUGGAAAUUUCAGGCGAGAGUCGGCCAAACGUUGAGAAGGAAGGGGACCGCCCCUGUAUCAGCUCUCGAAAAGGCACCUCCCCGCCAGGCACUUUUUUGUCGGCUGCUUCUCGGAGCACUUUCUGGUAGCGCACCUAACUUACUGCCUAGCACUUUCAGCCUCGAAUUGCUUUCGUCUUCAAACUUAGAUUCUCGGCCAUUUCGGGGAAAAUGCCUGUGCGAGUUGUCAUGGAAGGUCCCGGGCCGUGGGGGUUCCGGCUGGUUGGUGGGAAGGACUUCGAACAACCUUUGACCAUCUCACGGGUGUCGCCGGGCAGCAAAGCGGCCCAGGCCAACCUGUGCACGGGGGACAUGAUCCUGGCCAUCGACGGGCACGCCACCGAGGGCAUGACUCACCUGGAGGCCCAGAGCAAGAUCAAGGGCUGCACGGACGAGAUGGUGCUGUCCAUCGACAGGUCUGAGUCCAGGAUGUGGUCCCCUCUGUCGUCUGAAGGGGGUAAAACAAAUCCAUAUAAGAUGAACCUGGCGUCCCAGCCUCAGGAAGUGAAGCCCAUUGGUUCGGCUCAUAACCGCAGUGCCCUGCCCUUCCCCUCCGCCCCUAACUCCGCCCCCAGCCCCACAGUGGUGACCAACCGCUACAACAACCCCAGCGGCCUGUACUCCUCCCAGAACAUCGACACCUUCCAGAGCACCAUGGAGGAGGCCAAGGCCAGCGCCGGCCAACCACAGGAGCCCAGCUGCAUCCCGGAUGCGGACCCCGGCAGGCCUGUGGUAGCGGCGGACUCUGAGGUGCUGAAGAUGCUGCAGGAGAACCAGGAGUCCGAUGAGCCCCCGCGACAGUCCGCCUCCUUUAAAGUGCUGCAGGAGAUCCUGGAGACAGGAGACGCGGAUAAGCCCUCAGGAUUCCGCAGCGUCAAAGCCCCCACCAACAAGAUUGGAUCGUCUGUGGGCAACGCAGAGAAACUUCCUGUGUGCGACAAGUGUGGCGCGGGCAUCGUGGGCAUACUGGUUAAACUGAGGGACAAGUUCCGCCACCCGGAGUGCUACGUGUGCACGGACUGUGACAUCAACCUCAAACAGAAGGGACACUUUUUCGUGGAGGACCAGAUCUACUGCGAGAAGCACGCCCGGGAGCGGGUCACCCCGCCCGAAGGCUACGACGUCGUCACCGUGUUUCCCAAAUAGCCCGGACACGCCCCGCACCCCUCCAAUGAGCCCUGCCUAAACCGGCUGACCGCACAACCACUCAACAGACUAUCUGCACUCCCAGCCUGAGAGAGGUCUUGUGGGUCCACCGCAACAUCAUUCUCCUCUGAACACCGCUGCGUUCCUGCGAGAACUGUGCGUCUCCAAAAAGGGCCAUUUUCAGGAGCCAAACCUUCAAUGUGUGACUUCCAUGAGUAAUCCCCAAAUAUUUUUCUAUACUUUACUGAGCUUGUCUGGUGUAUUGGAACCUUCUAAAAUACUCUCAAACUGCCUUCUGAUUCUCUUGGUUGGCUCAUUUGCACCAGGCAAGGUCAGUCAAGCACAGAAAAUAUUUGAAUCCAAAAAAAACCAACGUAGGUAUUUGACCAAGGUCUGCUGCUUAGUGACUGUUUAAGGACAGCUAGUGAGUGUGGCUGGGUUUGUAAGUAUCUGUGCUUCCAUCUCUGUGCCGUAGCACAUGGAUCAGACUGUUUGCCAUUUGCAGCUUAAGUGCGUUUCUGCCUUUAGUUUAAGAACUGAUGGCCAUUCUCACUUCGAGGUCCAGUAUCAACAGCCUUUAGAAUAUGAGCUUUGCCACAGUUAUCUUCUGUACCGACCAGUACUGCCUUCUUUCACAGCGCUGUCUGCACUGCAAGCAUUCAAUCAAAUAAACCACUUUUAAACCCUAA